GGAUUUCUGCGUAUAUACAAACAGUUCUUUCCGCAGGGAGAUCCGGCUACUUUUGCGUCACUGGUGUUCCGGGUGUUUGACGAAAACAAGGAUGGCACCAUUGAAUUUGAAGAGUUCAUUCGAGCCCUUUCUGUGACGUCAAGAGGAGGCUUAGACGAAAAACUCGUCUGGGCAUUCAAGCUUUAUGAUGUGGACAAUGACGGAUUCAUAACACGAGACGAAAUGUACAGUAUUGUUGACGCCAUCUAUAAAAUGCUGGGAAGUAAAGUCCAACCAGAAGACGAUGAAGAUAAUCCUACGAGAAGAGUGGAUAAAAUCUUUGAACAACUUGACAAGAACCACGAUAACAAACUGUCAUUGGAGGAAUUCCAGGAAGGAUCAAAACAAGACCCGAAGAUUGUCCAAGCCUUGUCUCUCUAUGCCUCAUAAUUGCUGCAUUGUAUUCGUUUUUCAUCAGUAUUUGUCUUUUACGUGUCAACAGAGCCAGGUUUACCAAGUUUUUCCAGUAUUGAAGAUUCUAAUUUUAUUUUUUAGAAUUCAGUCAACUUAAUUUUCUCUUCUCGCCCUAUUUUUUUUUUUUCUUUGUUCUUCA